AUGGCUCAAAAAGCAAUGAAAGAAUUCCACGAAUUUUCGAUAUUUCUCUCUAAAAUACUGUUUAUUCAUUUUCAGCUCCCCAUGCGGCUUGCAGCGAGAAAACUUACUGCAGCUCCGGUUCUCGGUCGAGCGUACAAAAGAUCACCUUCGAUGCAACAUUUGCUCUUCGCAAUAUCAGGAACUUAUUGGUCAUAUAGCGAUACAAGUGAAUCGAGAACGUUUCCAACGUCUUACUUGCCGCUAUUCUAUUUCGUGAGCCAGUAUAAGACAUUUCACCUCACAAUCGAUCCUACAGUAUGCUCAUAUCUGUGCUCUGCAAGUGGAUUUAUCAAGCUUCCAAGUCGUUUUCCUGUCAUGUGUUAA